AAAGAAUGGCAAGAAAAGGUUUUUGUUGGUGUUUUAAAGGCAGUAGAAAUCAUGGGCUGGAAAGCUUUUACUGCCAAAGAUAUCAGCUGCAGGAAAAGAGUAAAGCUUACAGAUCUUGAUGUCAAUAUUCCCUUAAGUUGCAGAAGAAAUACUUCUUCUACUCCUUUAGAAGGAAGACAGAGUCCGAGAUCCGAUGACCCCAAAACUUCCGAAUUUGCAUUUUUAAAGAAAUUGAAGGAAAAUGCAGGCCACAAAUACCAAUCCCAUACAUUACAUAAAGAAGAAAACCAGUCAAAGAAGUUCAAAAUUAGUGACUGUUCUGGAGGGAACCCAAACGGUGUCAAAUUUAGCUGUAAGGACUUCAGUUCCUCAAUACUUGCUGAAAAUGUCACACCUAGUAACUUUAGCUCACACCUGUCACCUCUUGGUGGGGCAUCAAAGAAAUCAGAGGGAAAUUCACCAGAAGCUUAUUCAACCUCAGCAGGGGGCCAGCACGGGCAUGGAGAAAUCUUUUCUAAAAAGAGACAUAAAUUACGCAAAUGGGUUGUAGAGACAUCAUAUCCUCAUAUUGAAGAACUCUGUUCAAAGGGGUAUGAUUUUGUUUCUUUGCUUCUCAGUCGCUUGUUCCUUGAGAGCAACAAAAACAGCGGCUUUAAGAAAUCAAAAUCAAGGGAAGUUGAUAUUGAUACCAAAUCUCAAUUUCUCACUUCUUUGGAAUUGUAUAGUCAGCUCAAAAAAUUAAGUCACAUGCCUGCAAGGAACUAUAUGGAACUUGACCAUGUUUCACACUUGGAUUAUGGUCCUUCAUCUUGUUGGUUGAAUAGAUCACCAGAGGGGGUUCUCUCAAAUUUUUACACUCCCCCAAUCGAUGCCAGUAUAGCAUGUCUCGAGUAUGAAAUGAGAGAAACCGAUUAUGAAGUAGGAGGAAGAAGUCCAGUUCUAUGCACUCAGUGUGAUUCCACUUAUGGCUUUCAAUCUAAAAGAUAUGGAUCUCUUGCAUAUAAUCAUCUCAAAGAACUGGAUGACUUGCAUUAUCCAAAAGAAUGUUUGAUUAAAAGUGGUUCAAAUCCUCUUCUUCUAGGUUGGGACUUUAGCAGGAAUACAGAGGAAAGAAACUCGUCUAAUACUUGUCAAAAUACAGAGCUGAAUCUGUAUUCACCUUCAUCAAGUUCCUUGGGUGAUUAUCAUCAGCACAUUCUGGAUGAAAGGAUAGGUGCAAAAGAGUUAAGUGAAUCAUCCUUCCUGUCAACAAAUUCUCCAAAUGUUAUUUCAUUCCCAUGGUCCUAUUCAGCCAACUAUAAUGAACUUGAUUUUGGAAAACAAGUUGAAGACAAGGAAGAUAUAAAUGCUGACUUUAACCAUUCUCCUCUAGCUCUAACACUUGCACCAGACUAUCUUACUCUGGCUGAAGAUCACAAGAAUGACACUAAAUGCAAAGAUAGCAGCAUCUUCUUUUCUCCUCAUAAUCUUGAUAUAAUGAGCAAGGUUUUUGGUGAGAGAUAUCAUCAUCCUGGUUUUGAAGGUGUCCUCCUUUCCUCUGGACUUGAUUUUGAUUUAGAAUGGGAUUGCCCAUCAUUAAGUGGUUCCUCAAGGAAGCAUCAUCCACCUGUCGAUUGUGCUUUUCAGUCUCCCAGAAAUGAAGGAACAUAUUCAUGCUUUUUACUCAAAGACAAGAGUGAAAGUUUCCUAGAUGGUUCAAGUCAUAGAGGAACCCUGAGUCAAGAGAUUACUUGUGAAUUUGACACUGCCUUGUCUAUUGUCAUAUGUUGGGGGCAAGUUCAAUCUCUCUUGUCAUCUCUCAAAAGUUGUUUCUUGAGCCCCACCCUGGCACAAGAAGCUACACUUGCCACACAAUCUCAAAGAAGUCCACCCCUUAAAUUGCAGUGACGUGGCAGUUUGUACACUGUUAAAUAAAAUCUGAACUGUGAGAUGGACAAGACUAGGUAUGAAGAGGGUAUCAAAGAGGGCGGUGAAGC